AUGGCGAAGCCGAAACCCCACAUUAUCUUCGCAUACGGCACAUUGAAGCGAGGAUUUCCCAACUAUGCUUUAAUGGAAGAUCUGAAAACCAAAGACGACCUCGUUUUUGUGGAUACAUGCCACACGGAGGAUCCCCAUCCUCUGGUCAUUGGACCCCACGGGAUAGGGUACCUGAUCAACUUACCCGGGUCGGGUCAUCGGGUGAAGGGCGAGGCUUACGCUGUGUCGGAUGAAGCGUUGGUUCGGCUGGACGAAAUCGAAGGUGUGGAAUAUGGGUAUUACGAACGGGUUCCGGUGGUGGUUGUGAGGGAUGGUGGGGAGAGGGUGAAGGCGGAAGCGUAUUUUGGGCAUAGAAGCUUUGGGGAGAUUUUGUGGAAGAUGAAGGGGGAAGUUGGGUUGGUAGAAUAUGGGGAGAAGGAAGUUAGGGAGUUUGUGAGGAAAGAGCAUAGACCUGGUCGGAAAAACAGUAUUCUUGACAUCUUAAAUCGUUAG